UCGGAAAAUUUAGGAGAAUUCCGACGAACCCAAGUGAUGUCAGUACAAUUGAAUUUCCACACAAAAAGCUUAAAGUAAAGUAUGAGAGAGAGAAUAGUUGAUUAAUUAUCUUUAUCGUAAGAGCAAGACAAUAAAGCUGCAACAGCCACCACUCCGCCACAACAAGGCAGCGGAGCCGCCGGCCGCCCGCAAUCUCUCUGCAGGGUGGGUGGUCCCCCCCUCUCUCUUCUUCCUCAACUGACAUUCUGAUCUGAGUCAAAUAUGGAGCAGCAGCGCCCGGAUCAGCCCCCCCGCCUCAAGCCGCCGGAGAUGCUGCCUCCCCCGCCCCAGAAGUGCCCGCGCUGCGACUCCUCCAACACCAAAUUCUGCUACUACAACAACUACAGCCUCUCCCAGCCCCGCUACUUCUGCAAGUCCUGCCGCCGCUACUGGACCCACGGCGGAACCCUACGAAACGUCCCCGUCGGCGGCGGCUGCCGCAAGACCAAGCGCCCCCGCCCCUCCUCCUCCUCCUCCUCCCCCGCCGAGAUUCAGCCCGUCCUCGCCGCGAUCCCACCUCAAACCCUGGCUGCCUUGAGCGCCGCUUUCCCUCCUCCGGCCGGGCCCAACUACUACCGAGGCCCCACCUUCCUCUCCACCCUCGCCUCCAUGCAACCCGGAUUCAACCAGGGCGCCGCCGCGCGCGGCCAAUACAAUGCUGUCACUCUCCGACCCCCGGCGCCGCAGCACCAAUUCCCUCUUCAGAACAAUCAGUACAGCUUCCCAUCAGACAGCCUGACUAAUCCGGCUGCGCGCGCUCCUUGGCCUCAAACCUUCAUCAACGCCGCGCCACCCACCGCAACGACCUCCUCCUCCCCCGGGACAAGCUUGAGCUUCUGGAGCGGCGAUGGCGACAGCGAUGACCUGGCGGGGCCUUCCUUCGACGCGGGGUUCGAUCCAUCCUCCCCGUGAAUUUUGGAUGUGUUCUUCGAUUUCAUUUGCAUGCGGCGUGUGUGUCUUUUCUCUUUCGUUAUAUUUUCAAAUUGAGUUUUUGGGUUUUGUUUUUCUUGAAAAAAAAAAAUAGAUGGGUGUUUUAGGUUGCAAACAUUUACUAGUAGCAAGAUUGGAUGUUUCUUGAGUAUACAAAAUGUUGUAAUUUCACCAUCUUAUAGAGAUUCAGAAUAAGUUGGGUUAGGUUUGCUUGUUCAACUUUUUGAUCAAAAGUUUAUUGAGUUUAAUGGUAAUGCCUUUUGCUUUUCCGUUGC